UUUAUUUUGACAAUUGUGUUCAAUAUCAAAAUACCUUUUAUAAAUGUUAUGCUUAGCAGAAGAAAAGAAGAAAUAGUUGGGAAUUAAGUUUCUCAAAUGUAAAACAAAUAUACGAUUUCUAUAAAUUAUCCAAGUUGCAAUAAAUUAAGUUUUAAAGAAAUAUAGUCCGCAGACACGAAACUGGUGUAAUUUAAUAUAAUCGUACUAUUUGUUUACGAAACAACGAAUUUGUUAAAGUAGAUACAUUUACUAUAUACUUCAACAUUGGCCUAUGGACAAAAACAAAUUGUAAAAAAAAUUAAAUCGUCCCGAAAUUUUGGUAUACAUAAAAUCGAAGUGGACUGUAUCUCAACGGACGUAAACGAACUAAUACCGUAUAAUUUUAGUAUUGUAACUGCUGUAAAUUAAAUUUUAUACUCUGUAAUAUGUACAAUUGAAAACAAAAUCAUGAAAAAGAAACGACAAAUCAAACUUACAUCUAUCGUAACAUUUACAUUAAAUUCAUAACUAUUUGCACGUUUAAAAAACUAUUCAAUGUCCGUUUAAACGAGACUUGUAUAUCAUGUUGUGUGAUUUGAUAAAAUAAAUAAUUUUAAGUCUUCUUUAUGGUGUUAUUUCUAUUAUUUUGUUCAGUCAUAUAUUUAAACAGAAUUACUUAUUAUUAAUAAGUAACAGAGAUGUAAAUUUAUAUUUCUAACUUUUGGACAAAUAUCUUAAAUAUAGCGAUUAGCUGUCGUUGAUGUGCUGUAUUACUCAUUCAUAGGAUAUUUAGUUUCUUGCCCGCAUUACUACGAAACAUCUGCGUCUAUUCACAUUUGUUCAACACGUGAACAGGAAACUUCUUAUUAAGGUUUUAAAUUACUUGAAGCUAUAUAAGCAAGCUGGCCUUCGGACUUUCUUUUACUUUAAAUAAGAAAUUGCAAGAGUCGAAGGAUACAGGAUCUUGUACCAAUCGAAAAACGAUUGUAUUCAUUACAUAAUCGGUAUAGAACUUCGUAUUUGGAAGGAAGAUAAGUGGUUCAAGGUUUGACACAGUAUUUGUAUCGUGUGUAGGUAUUCGUGGAUGUGUAUAGGUGAAAGUGGACGAAUACGUAUACAGUUAUACAUUUCGUGGAAAUAGGUGUGUACGGCACGGUGUCAUUGAUGCCGUUCGAUUCAUAGCGUUGGUUCAUUAUUCUUAUUUUUACACUUUGUGUAAAUGAUAAAGAACGAGUACAUUUUUUCACCGAUAAUGAUACAAAUAUGCUUAAUCAUUAUGCAAUAAAUAUUUUUGAAAAUAAUGUGUGUUUUCUUGUCACAUGAAAUUUGUAUUGGAGAAAUAAACGCACAAUCAUAUUGGCAGAAAGAGUAAAUUGAGAAAAACAACGCGGGAACUAAUGAAUUUUAUAGUGGAUUUGUUAUUGAUGACUUAACUAAUGCUGUCAUCAAGUUAAACAUGAUAAAAUCAUUUAUAAUUCAACAAUCAGAAUUUAAAUAAAUGAAUAUUAAAAGUGAACUCCCAUAAAUUUUUAAACAAUUAAGUAUCAAUGAUUACUUAAAAAUUUAUUAAUUCUGCUAGUGAUGGAACAAAGUGAUAACACAUUAGAAAGUAUACAAGAAGCUUUCUUAUCUUUAACCGAGAGAUUUAUGGAACAAGGUGUAUCAUUAGCAGAUCUUAAAUCUAUUGGCAUAAAAAAUAAUACAAGACAUAAGAGAAGCUUUUACUUGCACUAUGUUUAUUCCAAGAAAGUUUUACUUGCCAUAUUUGCACCAAUAUUUUGUGGUGUGUUUUUUAAGUACCUCUAUGUAGACAUAAUUAAAAAUAUCCGUGGUACCAGAUGUUUAAUACCAAAUAAUUAUUUCAUUUGGGAGUUCACAAGACCAAUAUCAAAUUGUGAUUAUUGCCGAGAUAUCACUUCAGCUUUGAUUUUGCCAAAUUUAACUAGAGAAGAAUUUAAGCAAUACACUUAUUCUUCUCGACCAAUGGUGGUAAAAAAUGCUGCAAGUCAUUGGCCAGCUUCGAAGGUAUUUAGCUGGAAAUUUUUCAAAGAUUUAUAUGAAAAUAUUGAUGAUGCUUAUGAUUCGGUAGAUGAAUGUCAGUUUUUACAUUUCAAAAGUAAUCUUACUAAUUUACAUGAUGUUUUUGCAAUGACUGAAGAAAGAGCUUUGCAACUUAAUGGAAAAAAUCCCUGGUAUGUUGGUUGGAAAAAUUGCAAUCUUCAGGUUCUGGAUACAAUGAAAAAGUUUUAUAGUCUACCUCAUUUUUUGCCAGAAGAUGCAGAAGUUCCUUAUUCCAAUUAUGUUUUUUUGGGAUAUGAAGAAGGUGCUAUUAUGCAUCUGGAUUAUAUUUCACGUCUCAUGUGGCAAGGACAAAUUAUAGGCAAUAAAACUUGGACUGUUGCUCCAACACCAGAAUGUGAUAAUGUUUGUAAACGUUUUAAUUUUACUGUUUAUGCUGGAGACAUUGUUCUUUUAGACACAAGAAUUUGGUAUCAUGGCACUUAUGUUAAAGAUGGAGACUUUAGUUUAACAGUCACCUCUGAAUACGGGUAGACUUUUAUAUAUUUAUAAUCACGUUUAUUGUAUACAAUUCUAGGUGCUAUACAGAUAGUAUUUUUAUACUAUGGAAUUUGGAAAUCUAAAAUCAUCUGCCUUACUGAAGUAUUUAUAAUAAUAUCUAAUUGAAUAUUUAUGAAACUUUUAUAUGCAUAAGAAAAAUUAGAACUAUAAAAUAUACUGUUAAAGAUCAGUAUUUAAGCGUUAAAUUAUGCGUGUACGAAAUUUUUAUUUUACAUUGUCUGUAGAUGCCAUUCUUAAUGAGGAAGUUACUUAUUUAUGCAAAGUAUAAUAUAUAACAUAGGUUGAGAUAAGUUUUGAAACAUAUAUAUUAAAUUGGCCAUUUGUUCAAUCGUUGUAAAAUACUGUAUAUAAUUUAUGGAUACAUAUGAAGUUUUAUAUGUACCAUUUCUGCCAUAUUUAAAAACUAGUCGGAAUAAAAAUUAAUAUUUGAUAAUAUUGCUGCAAGUAAAUUGAUUUGUGCUUUAAUGAAGUUGGUUAUUGUAUGUUUAAAAGAUAUUUUUAUACACACAUAUUUAAAAUUUUAUACAUAUACAAGCAUUUAAAUAUACGUGUUAUAC